AUGAUGAUGUCCUCCACGGAUCGAGAGAAGGCUCGCUUGCAGGAGGAAGUGGCUAAGCGCAAGGCACAGAAGGAAAAAAAGAAGUUGGAGGCACAGGCCAGGAAGGCGGAGAUUGCUAAGAAGAAGGAAGAGAAGCGCAAAGCAGAGGCAGAAGAAAGACGAAGAAAGCAGGCACCAAAAAACAAGAAGGAAGAGAAGCUAAGGUUGGCCGUGAACAAGGAGCAGCAGGACCACCUGCCGACGUUGCUCCGGCAGGCGCAAGGAGAUGCCAAGCUGCCUACCAACACCCCCACUGCACCGGAGCAGAGGGCCUGCAGAUCCAUGCACACUAUGCAGGCCGCGGAGCCGCAGGCAGCAGCUGCCGCACCCACAAUCCGCGCACGAGGAAGCGUCCGGCUCCUGGUGCAAACAGUGUGGCUGGGCCCCAGCUGGAUGCAGGUCCGCCGCAGUGUGCCCAUGGGGCAUGGCCUCUGA